AUGCCGUCGGCUUCCCCCUCUCCCAUCAAACGGCCCUCGCUAAACGAACGCACGUCCUCUACCCAUUCACUGAGUUCCUCAGGCAGACAGGCCACCACCACCACCCACAAAGUCCACCGACCUCAUGUCGUCAACCGCCAUUCAAGAAAUGUCUCUCACGGAAAAGGACUUAGCAAACUAGGCAAAGUCCAAUCUACAGCCAGCAUCACUUCCGACUAUCAAUCUCAUCAUCAGCGGAAAAAGUCAGGUGGCACCUCGCCCUCGCACAGCCCAAAAACGCCUCUAGUCAAACGGAACAGCUCCCAUGUUGCCUUGGUCAAGAAUACCUCGUACGGGAACCUGCGCAAGAAUCAAUCCGCCAAUGCGUUGCCGCGGAAUGUCUCUCAUGGGGCUCUAAAGAAGGUUGGACUGACUCCAGUAAUAAAGAAAAAGAGCAAGGGAGAUAAAGAUGGUGUGUUCCAACUUGGAGAUCGGUCUUCAGAUGACGAAGAGGAGGGUGAAUGGGAGGAUUCAACCACGCAAUCGCCCGAACUCACGCGCAAUAAUUCGAAGACUUCCACACCUGCGCGGGCACAUACUCCGAAUGAUGAGACAGCUCCUCGAAACCCUCCAGGUGCAGACAUCAGCCGUCCCGAAAAGGGCUCCUCACCUCCCCAAGCCUCUUUGAAGACCAAGAAUCGGUCAGCACCGAAUCUGAAGAAUGAGCCGGUCGUGUCGCAGCUACAGAACACACCCGAUCCGCUACUUCUUCAACAGUAUCCACGUUCGUCUCGUGCCCCUCCAGCAAUGUCGACGGUUUCUGCUCACGUUGGACCGAGCCAAUUGGUGCGCAACGACUCGUCCAGAUCCUUCACCCACAUCUCUCAUGCCGACGCUACGUCGUCAACAACCAACGCCGGUCACAGUGGUCUUACUCCUACCUCCGGAAAACGCACACCUGCGUCGACCGGCCUGUCUGGGCCUGUUCUGGUGUCCUCGUCGGUAGAAGGUGGUGUCUCACACUUCCUGCCUACAGAUACCCCAGUUGGCUCUGUUCGUCACAUUGCAGACGACUCGGAUGAAGACUCGCCAUCGAAUUUCCUCUCCAACUACAAGCCGCAAGCGUCGGAAUCUCCGGAGAAGACCAAGACUCUCCAUAAGGCACGGAUUUCUCAGAAUCCGUCUAGAACGCAACAGAAGCUAGAGCUUCAGAGAAGGGAAAUCAUGAGAGCGGGAGCUGCGACACCCACAACUCCUCCCCCUGCUGGGAUGGGACUCCCUCUCGGUUCUGCCACGGCGUUACAUGGGCGUGCGGGGUCCCGAAACAGGACUCGAUCUCUGGCCGGGGAGAUGAAAGCUGCAAAGCAGGAUUAUGAAAGUGCCAUCAAACAGUUGAUGGUGGUCAGGAGGUUCCGGAGUCCACUAAUUGAAAGCAUGAACCGACUCAAGGAGCAUAAUUCUCUGCCACAAGACAUAGGCUCCGUGACUGCGAGUGGCGCAAUUCCCAAGAGCAGACCCCAGAGCCGGCGUGGACCCAGCAUCACCAGUGUGAACGGGCAUGCGAAGACAGGGGUCAGCCGCAGUUUCGACGACACAAAGCCGUCGCCAGGGAUGUCACGCUCUAACAGCACCCGCCACGGGGGUCGAGUCCAUUUCCAGCGGCAGAGUAGCCAUGACGAUAUCGAGGUGACACCGUCACAGGGGAACGGCGAUGGUGCACAGGACGAUGAGCAUUUCGGGCUUUCACCAGAAGAGGCAUUAAUACGGCGCAUUUGGGAUAGCCGGGAAGUGUAUGAUGCUGGGGAUCCUGGAUCGGCUUGA